GACUUCGAUACUGUGUCACUUUCUUAUAUCCUGUGACUGCCCAUGGUAUCGGAGCGAACGUCCCGAAGAGGUGCAACACUCUGCCCAUCGCUUCAAUGGGUAAAACAACGGAAUCAUCUGUGAUUGACACGUUGUUGUCGCUACCGGCCAUUCGACAUCGUGCGGAGAUCGUCUACGAAGCAGCCAAGCAGGGGACCCUGAACAACUUUGACUUUCAUCCUGAAGCACUACCCAAAGCCGCGGAUCUGGUAGCAUCCAUCAUCUCGCGAGAUUUUGGUCCUGAACGUUUCAGUCACAUUCCACCUCAUGGACGCUGGCAACAUUUCGAGGUUGGCGCCAUCCCCCGUGUAUCUCAUCUGCUGCACGAAUGGAAGACCGAGGGAGUCGACGACUUUGAAUGUACACGUCGCCUGAUCGACCUGUUCUUCGUAUCUGUACUCCUCGAUGCCGGAGCUGGAGAUUCAUGGCUUUACACGGAGCCAGAAACAGGGUUGAAGUUCGGCAGAAGUGAAGGUCUCGCAGUCGCAAGUCUUUAUCUGUACCAAAAUGGCAGCUUUGGCAGCAGCGCCGACGGUGCUGUCACAGUCAAUGGACAAGGCCUACAAGGACUUACGGAAGCAGUGCUAUCUCAGGGCAUGCAAGUGUCAUCGGAAAACCCCUUGACUGGUCUGGAACCUCGAGCGAAGCUUCUCCAAGCUUUUGGGGCUUCGUUAUUGGUACAUCCACAAUACUUUGGUGACGAAGGCCGGCCUGGAAAUCUAGUCGAUUACCUUACGAGUAGACAGUCUGGUCAGAAGACUUUGCAGGUGGUCGAUCUGUGGAACAUACUACAGAGUCUUCUCAUUCCGAUCUGGCCAAAAGACCGAACACGAGUCUUUGGGGAGCCAGUUGGUGAUGCCUGGCCCCUGAAGUGUCUAGGGGAUAGCGUCGAGAUGAAGUCUACGGACGACAGAGUCGCCAACAUCCAGCCAUUCCACAAGCUGACACAAUGGCUAGCAUUCUCACUCAUGGUACCUUUUGAGCGUGUCUUGGGAUAUACCUGGCAAGGGUCAAACCUCCUGACAGGUCUACCGGAAUAUCGCAACGGUGGCCUCUUUGUCGACACGGGUGUUCUCACCUUGAAGCCAGAAGUGUUGAAGCGUGGGCAAAAGGUGUCUGGCACUGCUCUACCAAUGUUCGAGGUAGCGGAUGACGCUAUUGUGGAAUGGCGAGCUCUCACAGUUGCCCUGCUUGAUGAGAUGCAUGGACUAGUGAGUCAGAGACUUCCGUUAAGUCUCAGCAUGGCGCAAGUGCUGGAGGCCGGCACCUGGAAGGCUGGUAGAGAAUUGGCGGCGCAGCACAGACCGGAAACACGAUCAAGUCCCAUCCUAGUCAAAAGCGAUGGUACAGUGUUUUGAAAAAGCUCGAGUCUGUAGCAAUCUAGAAUCAGAAUUACAUCAAUUUUAACGAUC